CCGCUCACACACACACACAGACAGACACAGAGGGCAUUACAGGCUGCAGCGCACACUCUCAGCCACAAUACAACACGGACCGCCACCACCAACAUGGCCCUCUAUCGAGCCAGCAUAUUGAAUCAAAUGGAUUGCAACCGGGAGUCUAAAGAAGGGAAAGCGGCCCAGUCGACGGAGGAGCGGCUCGACAGCGGCGUGGACUCGCUGAAGGAGGAGGAGUACCAGGCUGUGGCGGAGGAGCUCCAUCGGCUCCAGCUGGAGAGUGAGCACCACCAGCAGGCCUCCGCUCGGGCCGAGGAGCCGCUGCAAGACUGGCAGACGCACUCCACAGACGAGGGAGACACACUGCUCCACCUGGCCAUUAUCCACGAGGCAAAGGACCACAUCAAAAGAAUGAUCGACCUAUCGAGGAACACAUGCUUCCUCAAUGCACAGAAUGACCUGAGACAGACUCCUCUCCACUUAGCAGUAAUAACAAACCAGCCGGACGUGUGCUGCAGUCUCCUUGCGUCCGGCUGUGACCCCACGCUGGUGGACAACAACGGGGACACGCCCCUUCACAUCGCCUGCCGCCACGGCAACCUGCCCGGCUUCAGCGUCAUCACACAGAACUGCAGGCUGGAGCACCUAAACACGGCGAUGGCUGCCUGCAACUAUAACGGUCAAAACUGCCUCCACCUGGCUUCGGUUCACGGGUUCCUCUCGCUGGUGGAGAAGAUGGUCGAUCUUGGAGCAGAUGUCAAUGCAAAAGAGCAGCACAAUGGUCGCAGCUCGCUGCACCUGGCCGUGGACCAGCAGAAUCUCGCUCUGGUCAAACUCUUACUGCGGAAAGGAGCAGACCCCAACCUCCUCUCCUCCGGGGGCUACACUCCCUUCCACCUCACGUACGGUUUGGACAACUGCGACAUCCAGAAAGAGCUGUUCCCGGUGACCCAUCCGCACUUGAGAGAGCUCUCCGAAUCGGACAACAGCGGAGAAGAGUCGGAGGAGUCGGACGUAGAGGGAAUGUACGAUGACAUUCAGUGGAACGGACAUUAGCGAGAAACGAGAACAAGGAAGUCGCAGAACGGCGCAGCUCGACACGUGUAUGAUUCAUUUGCGACGCCGUGCCGGGAGGACGACAGCAAAGCGUGACGGCGGCUGGCGGAGCUCGCGUGCUGCCGGGACGAGCCGGGCUGGCAGCUCCGGACACAGAACAAGACACUGGCCACCUGCGGGAGAGCAAAACGCACACGAUCGCAAUGAGACUGCUGUGUGAGAGGAUCGCAUUGUGGGACACUUCCAGAUCCCGUACCAGCUCUGUUUGUAUGAUACUGUAAAUGCUGUGUAUAUGAAGAUGUAUUUUUUAAUGGAAGCUGUGAAUGUGUACAGUUUUAGGAGGUUGUGUAUAUGUUGUGAGAUGGCAAAACAGUUCCAGCGCGCUCUAGUUAAAUUAAAAACACUCGUAUUUAACACCUCA